AUGGCCGAGCAACAGAUCCAGGAGCUGCAGAAGCAGAUUGAGCAGCUCAAGGCGUCCCAGAAGAGCCCUUACGAUGUCUACCAGACAUCCCUGACCAGCCGCUACUGCAGCGCUGAGAUGACGCAGCUCUUCAGCCAGCGGUCGAGGCACUCUACCUGGCGCAAGCUCUGGCUGGGCCUUGCCGAGGCUGAGCACGAGCUGGGCAUCGAUACCAUUACUCCUCAGGCUUUGGAGGAGAUGAAGGCUCAUCUUAUCGUAACCGACGAGGACUUUGAAGCUGCGCGUAUCGAGGAGAGGAUUAGACGUCAUGAUGUCAUGGCUCACGUCCAUGCUUUUGGCCUUGUUGCUCCGGCUGCUGCUGGUGUCAUUCACUACGGAGCCACAUCUUGCUACGUCACUGAUAACGCAGAGCUCAUUCUUCAGGCCAAGGCGCUUGAUUUGUUAAUCCAGAAGCUGUCCAAGGUUAUCUCCAACCUCAAGGCAUUUUCUCUCCAAUGGAAAUCUGAACCUACAUUGGCCUACACCCAUCUGCAGAGCGCUCAGCCCAUCACAGUUGGCCGUCGCUCGGCCCAAUGGCUUCAGGAUCUCACUUUCGACUUGGAAAAUCUCGAAACUGUUCGCGCAAAUCUCAAGUUCCGAGGUGCCCAGGGAACCACCGGAACACAGGCAUCCUUCUUGGAAAUGUAUGUUCACACCUGCGGCAUCAAACACGCAUGCCAGACCCAAACCACAAGUCAGUCUACUAACCGCCCAAUUCACAGCUUCCAAGGCGAUCACGCCAAGUGCGACAAGCUGAACGGGAUUCUUUGCAAAAAGUUUGGAUUCCCAGCCUGCUAUGAUAUCUCUACCCAGACAUACACGCGCAAGGUUGAUCUCAUCAUUGCUCAGGCAGUGGCCGGCAUCGGAGCUAGCGCUCACAAGAUUGCGAACGAUAUUCGUUUGCUAGCAAACUUCAAGGAGAUUGAGGAACCCUUUGAGGCCAAACAGAUCGGUUCUUCGGCCAUGGCAUACAAGCGCAACCCAAUGAGGAGCGAGAGAAUCUGCUCUCUGUCUCGUGCCCUGAUGUCUAAGCCAGCUUCUUUUGCCAACACUCUGUCCACACAAUGGAUGGAGCGAACACUGGACGAUUCUGCCAUCAGACGAAUGGACAUUCCUGAGAUGAUGCUGCUCGCAGAGGCUGUCCUCAUCGGCCUGGACAACGUUACAGAUGGUCUCGUUGUCUACCCGGCACGAAUUCGAAGCAGAUUCCUUGAGGAGUUGCCCUUUAUGGUGACCGAGGCGAUCAUCAUGAAGAUUGUGGCCAAGGGCGGUUCAAGACAAGAGGCACACGAGGAGAUCCGUGUCAUCUCACGCCAAGCUGCAAGCGUUGUGAAGAUGGAGGGCAAGCCGAAUGACUUGAUUGAGCGUAUUCGCAACACUGAGUACUUCAAGCCCAUCUGGGACGAGCUUGACGGCAUGAUGAAGCCCGAGUUGUAUGUCGGCCGUAGUGUCGAAAUUGUCGAGAGAUACUGCGGCGCUGGUGGCCCCGUGGAGAAGUUACUUGCUCCAUACAAGGAGUACCUCGCCCAGUCCACCACUGCGCAGCUGAACGUUUAA